AUGUUUCAUAGUUAUUAAACACCAAAACAAGGUUAUAAACAAUAGCCUUAGAAAAUAUACCAAUAAAUCCAUUAAAAGAGUGUUCCAUGUAAAUCAUUAUCACCUACUUAAUUUGGUUGUUAACAGAAGGGAAUAUUAGAAUAAGAUGAGUAAAAUCCAUGUACUCCUUAAAAGUUGAAUUUAUAGAAAGGAGUGAGAUUAGUAAAUGUUGCAUCAUAAGGAAAUGAGAGUAGUUUUAGAGGGAGUAGUUAAAUGAAUCUGUUAGUAUAAGAUAGUCCAUUAAUUGGAAAUAAUAAGGAGAAUGGUACAUUAAGCAAGAGAUUAUAUACAGACUCUACAUCUAUAGAUUAACAUUCUUAAGUAGUAAUAUAGGAGAAUAGGAAAUUAAAUGAUAUGAUUUAAAGGCUGUUCAAAGAGAAAUAAGAAUUAGUUACAAUUAUAGAUAAAUAGAAAAAUUAAUCAUGUAAUGUAAGUAAUCAAGGGAUAGAUAACUUAAAUUUGAAUAAUUUAAAAGAUAGAAUUGAAAGAUUAGAAGGAGUAAUUGAUUUAUAGAGUGAAGAAAUUUUAUAAUGGAAAUAAAAAUAUAAAUAGGCUUGUGAAUAAGAUGAAAGAGCUAAUGCAAUAGAAUAAAUGGUAAAUUAUUCAAUCUAACUAAUUUAGGAAUCUUAAAUCAUGAAAGUAGUAGAGGAGAAUGAACGUUUAAAUAAUCUUGGAGUUGAUAAAGAUAAAUAAAUAUAAGAUAUGAGUAAUGAGAUAUUAACAUUACAAAAAAAGUUAUUUGAAUAUGAAUAGAAAAUGAAAGAUUAAUCAAAUUUAAUUAUCGCAUAUGAAGAAGAUACAAAAGAACUUAAGAGAUAAUAUAAAUAAAAAUUAAAUUAGAUUGAAAAAUUGGAAUAAUAGCAAUAGUAAUAAUUACAAUAAAUACAUUAAUUACAGUAAAUAUAGAAUUAUUGUGAAUAAUCUUCACAUUCUUCAUUUCAUGAAAAUAAAGAGCACUCUUAAAUUAUUAUAGAAUAGAUUCAAUUUUUAGAACAAACGUUAUCAGACUUAUCCUCAUAAUAUACAUCAAUAAAUUUAGAAAAUUAGAGAUUAUUGAGACAAAAUAAUAAUUUAAAGGAAGAACUGAUAUUGCAGUAAAAGGCUUUUGAUGAAAUCCGUAAUUGUAAUCGAGGAACAGUUAAUCCUAAAUUUUAAGAUGUUAAUAAGACUCUCAAGUUAAUCAAAGAUAAGAUUGUCAAAUCAUUAUAGAAAUGA